AUGGUGGCGGUCAAUGGCUGGUGGUGGUGUUUAAUUGUAAUGGUUGUUGCAGGAGGUAGACAGUGGAUCAGGUGGUGGUUGGCGGUCACUAGUGGUGGUUUCCGAUGCGCCUCUCCGCUUACGAACGUCAACGGUGUUCCUGAUUUUCUUUCUAUUGAUUGGUGCUGUGUUUUAGCUUCGUCAAAACAGAUCAUGGAGAAUAUAAUUGACAUUGACAAGAUAAAGGAGACAUUGGAACCUGAUAACAGCGGUGGCGGUGGAUUACAAUUGCCUGGGAAAGAUAGGGUUGUCUUCAGAGCGCCUGAGAGGAAAUCAUUACUAGGAUUGGAUGCUCUCGCAAGUGCAAAACGAGCUGAAGGAUCAUUUAAAGUUCCUAAAGAAAAAAUUUCUUCUAUGAUGACAUCUCUUGAUGAAGAUGUGGAAAAAACCACAUCCUCACUCACAGGUCUUGAUGAAGUUGGUAGUGGUGUAUCCAGCAGUGGUCGCAAUUAUACAAGCAGACAAUAUCGUGAUUCCACUGGGAGCAAAACAUCUGGUUCAGAAAGUCAAAUCACUGAAGAAGAACGAGCUAGUGGCAGAUCUGCUAGGCAUGGUUCACACUCUGAGGAUGUUACUCCUUCAUCUAGAAGUUCCCGAAGCAGUCAACAGCGGAGUGAUAGAUAUGAUUCAACAGAGUAUGAUAGGCGUAGGUAUGAUAGCAGAGAUGAUUCAAGAAGGAGACAUUACAGUAGUGAUAGAGACGAGAGAAACCAUGUGGAUCAAUCACCUCGUUAUGGAAAAGACUACAGAGAUUAUGGGAAUAAAAGAAGCAGAUACGAAAGUUCAAGGCGGACACCUGGUAGAUCUGAUUGGGAUGAUGGAAGAUGGGAAUGGGAAGAUUCACCUCGGCAUUCGAGUGGGAGUAGACAUCAUAAACCUUCACCAUCACCAAUGUUACUUGGUGCUUCACCUGAUGCACGAUUACCUUCUCCUUGGUAUGGUGGCAAUACUCCUAUGGGUCGUGCUGAUUCUCCAUGGGACAAUUUUGCCCCUUCUCCUGUUCCAAUUAGGGCAUCUGGAUCAGUCAGAUCUUCAACUUCAAGAUCUGGUGGAAGAUCUCAGCGACCACUCGCUGCAGAAAGUUCACUACCCUUAGAGGAUGAUGGAGAAGAUGGAAAGGAAGUUUUUCAUAAUGCAGAGAUAACUGAGAGUAUGAUGUUAGAGAUGGAGUACAACUCUGAUCGUGCAUGGUAUGAUAGAGAAGAAGGGAACACUAUGUUUGAUGCUGACAGCUCAUCGUUUUAUCUUGGUGAUGAAGCCUCUGUUCAGAAGAAAGAAGCAGAAGUGACAAAAAGACUGGUUCGUAAAGAUGGAACCCCAAUGACACUUGCUCAGAGCAAAAAGCUAUCACAGCUUACUGCAGAUAAUGCUCAAUGGGAGGAUCGCCAGCUCAUGAGAUCUGGAGCUGUUAGAGGUACAGAGGUGCAAACAGAGUUUGAUGAUGAAGAUGAACGCAAAGUUAUUCUUCUUGUUCACGAUACAAAGCCUCCAUUUUUGGAUGGGAGAAUUGUGUUUACUAAGCAAGCAGAACCGAUAAUGCCACUAAAGGAUCCGACUUCUGAUAUGGCUAUUAUAUCAAGAAAAGGUUCAAACCUUGUUAGAGAAGUUCAUGAAAAACAAAGUAUGAAUAAGUCACGUCAGCGGUUUUGGGAACUUGCUGGCUCAAAGCUUGGUGAUAUUCUUGGAGUUGAGAAGACAGCAGAACAGAUUGAUGCUGAUACAGCAGUUGUUGGUGAAGAUGGUGAAGUUGAUUUCAAGGAAGAAGCAAAGUUUGGCAAACACAUGAAAAAAGGUGAAGCAGUAAGUGAUUUUGCAAAGUCAAAAUCACUUUCACAACAACGUCAGUAUCUCCCCAUAUUUUCUGUUCGAGAUGAGUUAUUACAGGUGAUACGGGAGAAUCAAGUGGUGGUGGUUGUAGGUGAAACUGGUUCUGGAAAGACAACACAGUUGACUCAGUAUUUACAUGAAGAUGGGUAUACCACAAAUGGCAUAGUUGGUUGCACCCAACCAAGACGUGUGGCAGCAAUGAGUGUCGCCAAGAGAGUUGGUGAGGAGAUGGAAACAGAACUCGGAGAUUUGGUUGGAUACGCCAUCCGUUUUGAGGACGUGACCGGACCCAAAACUGUUAUAAAGUACAUGACUGAUGGUGUUCUGCUUCGUGAAACAUUGAAAGAUGCAGAUCUUGACAAAUAUCGUGUCAUUGUCAUGGAUGAAGCCCAUGAAAGAUCAUUAAACACGGAUGUACUCUUCGGGAUCCUCAAGAAAGUUGUUGCCAGGCGUCGAGAUUUCAAGCUCAUAGUCACCUCUGCUACCCUCAACGCACAGAAAUUUUCCAACUUUUUUGGCAGUGUCCCAAUCUUCCACAUUCCCGGGAGAACAUUUCCGGUGCAGACCUUGUACAGUAAAACACCAUGUGAAGAUUACGUGGAAGCCGCUGUAAAACAAGCAAUGACGAUCCACAUCACGAGUGCUCCUGGUGACAUACUCAUCUUCAUGACAGGUCAAGACGAGAUCGAGGCAACAUGUUACGCCCUAUCAGAACGUAUGGAACAGCUUGCAUCCACCACAAGGCAAACAGUCUCCAGCUUAUUAAUCCUACCUAUCUACUCCCAACUCCCCGCUGACCUACAAGCAAAAAUCUUCCAGAAAGCCGAAGAGGGGGCCCGCAAAUGCAUCGUGGCCACCAACAUUGCGGAAACCUCUUUGACCGUAGACGGAAUCUUUUACGUUAUCGACACUGGGUAUGGGAAAAUGAAGGUGUAUAAUCCGCGUAUGGGUAUGGAUGCUCUACAGGUGUUCCCGGUCAGCCGGGCAGCCGCCGACCAGCGGGCAGGUCGGGCGGGUAGGACCGGGCCGGGCACUUGUUAUCGUCUUUAUACCGAGACCGCGUACCAAAACGAAAUGCUCCCACAACCCGUUCCAGAAAUUCAGAGGACUAACCUCGGAAACGUCGUUUUGCUUCUGAAAUCUCUUAAAAUUGAAAACUUAUUGGAUUUUGACUUCAUGGAUCCGCCUCCACAAGAUAAUAUCUUGAAUUCGAUGUAUCAGCUCUGGGUUUUGGGCGCGUUAAACAAUGUCGGGGGUCUAACGGAUCUCGGGUGGAAAAUGGUUGAAUUCCCGCUCGAUCCACCGUUAGCCAAAAUGCUUUUAGUUGGGGAACAACUGAAAUGUUUAGACGAAGUGUUGACAAUCGUAUCCAUGCUCUCGGUCCCAUCUGUAUUUUUCCGACCGAAAGACCGGGCAGAAGAAAGCGAUGCUGCCCGAGAAAAAUUCUUCGUGCCCGAAUCCGACCACUUAACGUUACUCAACGUCUACAAACAAUGGAAAGCCAAGGAUUAUCGCGGAGACUGGUGCAACGAUCACUUCCUCCAAGUCAAAGGUCUCCGAAAGGCUCGAGAGGUCAGAUCUCAACUGCUAGACAUUCUAAAAACACUCAAAAUCCCGCUCACAUCAUGCGAUCCGGAUUGGGAUAUUGUAAGAAAAGCGAUAUGUUCGGCUUACUUUCAUAAUGCUGCGAGGUUGAAAGGAGUUGGAGAAUAUGUCAACUGUAGAAACGGGAUGCCAUGUCAUUUGCAUCCGAGUAGUGCCUUGUAUGGAUUGGGGUAUACGCCGGAUUAUGUGGUGUAUCAUGAGCUGAUUUUGACUUCAAAAGAGUACAUGCAGUGUGCCACGUCAGUUGAGCCCCAGUGGCUGGCGGAAAUGGGGCCCAUGUUUUUCUCAGUUAAGGAUUCGGAUACGUCCAUGUUGGAGCAUAAAAAGAAGCAGAAAGAGGAGAAAUCGGCUAUGGAAGAAGAGAUGGAGAGUUUGAGGAAAAGGCAAGCCGAAGAUGAGAUUAGGAAUAAGGCCAGGGAGAGAGCCAAGAGGAUGAAACAGCAACAGGCAAUCUCCAUGCCUGGCUUGAAGCAAGGGAGUUCUACUUAUUUGAGACCUAAAAGAUUGGGUUUGUGAAAUUCUGGAAAUGCCCUCUUUCAAGUAUUUU